AGAUGAUGUAGACUGAACACUGAAUGAUGAAACCAACAGAUGCCAAUUUUACUUGCCUCUAGUGUUCGCUGUAUCAUAGUAUAUAGAUAUAGUUCACAACAACUAUGGGAGUUAAAGGACUAACCACGUUCAUUGAUACAAAUCAAGAACUUUUAGAGGACACGAAAUUGUGCAAAACCAAGUUGAUACUUGAUGGUAAUAAUGUCUACCACUUUGUCUACUACAACUACAGGGUGGCUCAUGCAUAUGGUGGUGAUUACCUUCAAUACAGGAACAGUGUUGAUUCUUUCUUCAAGUCUCUCCUAACAUGUGACAUUGAGCCAUAUGUCAUAUUUGACGGUGGCUAUGAAAAAGAUGAUCGGAAAUUGCAGACCAUAUUAGGAAGAGCGAGGAGCAGGAUUAGCUCUUCCAAUCAAAUUGUCGCUGGAAAUGGAAGCCCUAGAAUAAUGCCAAUUCUUGCAUAUGAGGUGUUCUGUGAGGUCAUAAAAGAACUCGGAAUUCAACAUAGAACAUGUGACUAUGAGGCUGAUGGGGAAAUUGCCUCUCUUGCGAACUAUUUCAACUGCCCAGUGUUGAGCAAUGACAGUGAUUUCUGUGUAUUUGACCUCACUGCUGGCUACAUACCUUUAGAUUAUGUCAACUUUAAACCUGCAAAAUCUCAAGAAUCUACCACUGAUUUACACCUCAAUUGCCAGUUGUUUAAGCUGUCUAAUCUCACUCAAGAAUUUGCUAAUGUUUCCAAUACCCACAUGCCCCUGUUUGCAACUCUCCUUGGGAAUGAUCUAAUUGGAACAGAUGUCUUCGAAGCAUUCUUCAAUAAUAUCAAAUUACCAAAAUUAAAAUCAAAAAGAAUAUUUGUGUCAAAGCGAAACAGCAAAAUGCUUGGUGUGUUGUCAUGGUUACAGGCGUAUGAUGAUGUAGAUGAGGCAUGUGAAGUUGUUGUCUCACACUUAAAGAAAAAUGAACGAGACAAUGUUUUAAAAAUGAUGAAGCAAUCUAUUGAAGCCUAUAAAAUUCCAGUAUGUACACUUCACAGUGUGUUUGAGUCUGAACAAGGGAAUCCAACUGAAAUAUCAUACACUGGUUGUGUUUUGCCAGCAUGGUUUAUUGGAGCUAUAAGACGGUGUGAGCUACCAGUGUUCCUCCUGAAUGCCCUCACUCUACAUCGUGUCAUCCUCUUGGCUCAGAUUGAGGACCACAAUUUGCCAAGCUCCUGGAAGUGCGCGCUAAACAUACGCAGAUCCAUAUAUGGUAUGUUGCUAGGUGACGAGGCACAGGGAAAGAUCUGUGAAUAUGAUAGGGAGAAGAAAAGUUUACGUCAAACAAAUGAAGAGCCUUUGUAUAGUGUUAUGUCUUAUGGCAGGCUACCAUCUCUUAACCAGAUUCCUAAUCUGAGUGAAGAAGAAAGAAAGGACAUAUUUCUCAAUACGCUAGGCCUGACAGAAUCCACCUUGAGUGGAGUACACAGGGAACAUUGGUUCACAACUGCUGUCCUGGCUUAUUGGAUCCAGAAUACAGAGCCAAGGUUAAUGAAAUGGCAUUUAUUUGCUAUCAUUGUGUGCCUGAUUACACUGAAUGUUUGUGAUACUGAGGAAGUUGAAGCCACACAAGACUCCUCAGAGAGAUAUGAAAGCCAGACCCUUCCACCUUGGUCAUGUAUAAAACAGUGUACGACCAGUGAUGAAAAAGCACAUCUGAACAAUAACCUUACUAGGAUCCUAACGACUCAUUCAAACAAAACAAAACAUCAUCAAAACACUAAUAUCUCAAUUGUACACAUGUUUUCCCAACUGCAGACUUGCAUCCAGGCUGCUCUCUAUCUCAACCAGUUGUUGCUCUCUCCUAUCCCUAAUCCAAGCCCCAGUCUUAUCUAUGAUGGCACCCUAUGCUGUAAACUAGCCUCCUCUCUUGAGACCAGACCAGACCCUGAAUUAUAUACACAGGAAAUUCUUGGAAGAAAAUCUAAAAUGGUCGAGUUUUUUCAGGAUUUUCAAACUGUGAUUUUGUCCCUAAUUGAUGCAACUUCCGAGGAAAUGUUUAGACUCAAUGAAAAGACUUCAAAGAAAACCUCAAAGAAAAAGAAAAAAGCGAAAAAACAAGACCAGAAGCAGGAUAGUAGUGAAAUGAUAACUGACAAAAGUGAAAAUUCUGAAUCAGUAGCUCAGGAUCUGAUUAUAUGUGACUUAUCUAACAGAUUCCAUGGCUUAGCAGACGAUUGAUUGAAUCUGCAGAACUUCUGGAUCAAUCCUCGUACAUGAUACUUUGUAGAUGUAAAACACUAACUGCUUAAUGAUCAGUUAAAUGGACCAUAUCUAUUAUCUGUUCAGUAAUUAUAAUAACAUACAUUUAUCACACUGGUGAUCCACUCAAUUACGCUGGUUAGGGAACCGUUUCAGUUACAAAAUGUCGGAACGUGGAAGGUGCGAUUUUUCUUUUUUCCUUAUUUCACACGUUGUAGGCAGAAUUCCCACGACAUUUUUAUCACAAACGUACAUGUAUAUCAGUAUCAUAUGUUUAAGAAAGUGUACAUAUUUGCGAACAAAUAGUUCAGAAGACAGCAGAAUCGUCGAUUUAAUUCCUCACUUAAGUUACAGAAACGAUAUUUCAAAAAAUAGUCAACCCAUUUUUAACCCAUACCGUUUCUGUAACUUAAGUGAGGAAUUAAAUCGACGAUUCUGUAGUCUUCUGAGCUAUUUUUUCGCAAACAUACUGUUGGCACUCGGUCCUUCUCGUAAUCCCAAAUAUGACUGUAAAUAGGUUGUGGUCUAGCCCUGCUUUUGCGGCAUCGUGUUGAAGGGGAAUUUUGGAGACCAUCUUAUACCUUGGUCACAUUUGCUCCGAUUUUCACUACGGCGCCCGGCCGAUUGAGUAUUUUGUUCAGAAAUGUAUUCAAUUUUGAACAAAAUACUCAAUCGGCCGGGCGCCGGCCGACGAAUCACAGCAAAUGUCACGAGGGGAAAGUGUACCCGUGUAUAUACAACCUACCGCCGAGCAAGACACGCAUAUACCGCCUAUCAAAUGUUUGGUUAACUACAUCUCAUAGUAAAAUGGACAAUAAAGGUAAUAUUGGACCUCUAUCAAUUCCCUUGGAUGGUUAGAAUCGUUACUAAGAUGUUCUAGCAGGCGGAAUUGGCCUAGAAUUAUAGUUGAAAUAUAUUUGUUAUGUCCAAAUUAAGAGAUAAGUUUAACGUAUAAUGGUUUUCGAUUUGUUUUUCUCAUUCAUACUCGCUUUAAUUGAUAAUGAGCCAUACAUAAGACAUACUUGGGCCGGUAAAUGUAUGUCAUAUGCAUAAUAUAUUAAGUGUCAAAAUAUUAGGUCAAAAUAGCACUUUUGAACAGCAAAAUCUUCACAUAAACUUUGUCCUAAAAGAUCCGAUGUUAUCGGACAUCGGACCCGAUGUGAUCGACGAGUAAUAUUAUAAAGAUCCGAAAAUAUCUUGAGUAAAUGAUCUCAGAAUCCGAACAUUACUUGAGUAAAAUCUGUUGAGAUCCGAUUAUAUCGUCGAGUCUAUGACAUACUGAUGAUGAAAUAGUGUUAGUGUUACUUUUGGGAGUUUUCGAACCUUGAUUAAAUUGCCUUUAUUAGAAGGGUUACUCGUUAUUAAUACUAUUGUAACAUUUUGACCCAGACUGACACAACAGAAAUUAGGCUAUCAACAUUGGAGGAUAGGAAAAGCGCGGAAUUGCGUUUAAAUCAAUUAUGAAUAUGAUCUUUCUUCAUUUUAGGAGCCGUUGUACUGAUGUUUUAGUCAAACUUGAGAGCGAAUGAAUUGCAUUUAAAUAAAUUAUUAUCCAUAUUUAUGGAUAAAAAUGAAUAUGUGUCACGUUCCUAAUCUCUACUGGUCAAUCUUUUUUCAUUUUAGUAGCCUUUCUACUGAUAUCUUAUUUUGUUCAAUAUUGAGAUCGAAUGAGCAUAACGGGUAAACUUUGCACAUUUUAGACCAAUCAAAAUAUAUAACUAUUUUUCAUAUGUUUACCGUCUUGGUAGAUACAAAAUAACACGUACCAAACUCAUUAGAUUAUGAGCAUAGUCAGAUAGAAGUGGUGAUAUCAUCAACAAUGAAAACUAUGGUGAUUCGAGUGAAAGCAUGAAUUCAAUGUUUUAAAGAACUUCGCGGGACACAGACGUUGACGUAUACCCUUAAGAAAAAACGCUUGUUUUCUCUUCAUGUGGUUAAAAGAUGACCUUUUUUAACCACAUUUUUACCACUCAAGAUAUGUAUAAGUGUGGUUGUGGUCACCUGUUUUGACACUCAUAAAAGUGUGGUCCCCACUGGUAUUUCUUCCACAAUUCCAAGAAAUAUCUCCCCAUAGUUUCUUCUCAUAAUGAGAAAGUGUGGUUAAGGUGUUCCUGAAACUAUGGAGGAGCAGGACAUUAACUUUAAUAUGAUUUAAGGUUACCAUAUUGUUAAUAGGGGUUAAAAGGGUUAAUGCUUGUUAAAAAUAUUUUUUAUUAUUUAC